AUGUUUUGGGGGGCUCAGAUCAUUGAGAAGAACGUGGGGCACAGUUGCAGCCAUUUCUUCUGUGAAGUGGAGACCCUUUACCAGUGCCAGGGGAACUGGUGUGCUCUUUCACUCUAUAAAGGUCAAGUCCUGAAGGUUAAAGGAUUCCAAAAAUUGAUUGUCACCCACGAAUGUGUUCCUAUUGACAUUUUCAGGAACAUUCUGGAGUUGAUAGUUUUUUGAGGACGACUCCUGCUUCUACUUGGUGUUUGAGAAGUUGCGCGGAGGUAUGCUUUUUCUGUGUUCUUGUUUUUACCAUAUCCCACCUUUUUGAGGGUGAAGCUGGGUUGUGUUCAUUAUCCACAAUAUAGAAGAAAACUAAAUGAAAUGUGGAGGUAGGACUGUACCUGAACUUGUCCAAUAAAAACACAUGUUUUUUGUUGCAAAACAUAUUGCUACAUUCCGGCCUAAUGAACAUGACCCAGGGUACAUUAAAAGAUUAAGUGUUUCACUGAAAGCUCAUCUCUCUCCUCUAUUGUGCCCAUACAGGCUCCAUUCUGACUCACAUUCAGAACCGUAAACACUUUGAUGAGCUGGAGGCCAGCCGGGUGGUCAGGGACAUCUCCAAAGCUCUCCACACCAAAGGUAGGACCCAUGCCCUGCCCAUGGGGCUGCCCCUGCUAGUGCCUGCAUAUAAUUAGAUUGACCUGCAUACAACUAGAAAAGGAAACUUACUGAAGAAAAAGUGUGUGCUUGAAGUAGUGAAAGAAGUUGUAGUGGGGGUAAAAAUAUAUUUGUGGUAGCUACUUUAGUAGUAAUGGUAGUAACAAUUAGUGUGACCUGUUUCUUCAUGCACAUGAUCUGUUUCACAGGUAUCGCCCACCGAGACCUAAAGCCAGAGAAUAUCCUUUGUGAAUCCACGGAUCAGGUAACCUUUUUACCCCCAAUGUGCUACGAAACAACAACAAAUCAAAGUAGAUAAUGAUGUUGUGAAUAUUAACUUAAAAACCAUACUGUUAAUUGUGGGUAUAGUGAAUGCCUGUAAAUGAAUGCAUGUACUAUUUUUAUCUCCCUCCCAUUACAGGUGUCUCCAGUGAAGAUGUUUGACUUGGGAAGCGGAGUGAAAUUCAGCAGUGCCUGUACUCCCUUCACCACUCCAGAGCUCACCACGCUGGUAAAUACCACAACCUUAGCCUGAUCCUACCUCUAACCCUGUGUGUGUACGUGCCACUUUCGGGGCAAUGUCCUCAUGGUCCCUUAGUGUAGAGGUCUGUGCGGGACUGAUUUAUUCAUCCCGCCCGCUGCAGCGGUUUUUCAUACCGCACCCGCCAUCUUUUUUUCUGACUCCCACCCGCUCCCACAAGAACUGGUCCCAAACCGGACCGCAGUCCUGCGAAUGUUAUUUUAGGCGUAUGUGACACAGCUCGCUUGGCAGCCAUGGUCCCAGCAAUUUUGUGUCCUAUAGGCAAUAUCAAAAUGCGCAAAGAUCCCCCAAGAAAUAGGUGAAAUUACCAGAGAUUCUCACAUGGCCAAUUAUAUUAGGCUAUCAUUAUUACUGGGCUAUAUCAGCCAAUAGGCUAGACGUAGUUUGAAGGAGAGCCAGAGUUGGAGCGACAAAUUGAUUAUCAGUCCAGAAAAAAUGAAAAAGUGCAACCUUUUUCAAUUAUAAUCAAUGUUUUGUUUGCAUUUCGACUCACGUUGGUUGAGCGCUCUCCACUUCUUUCCAUUAUCAAUAUUUAUUUCCAGACACUAGUAAACUGUAGCCUAAUCAUAUUUAAGUUAAUUUCCUUGGAAAGGUAACUGCCACGUGAUUCUCUGCCCAUGCAUUGAAAUGAGACCACACAUAUACAGUUGAAGUCGGAAGUUUACAUACACUUAGGUUGGAGUCAUUAAUUAGUUUUUCAACCACUCCACAAAUUUCUUGUUAACAAACUAUAGUUUUGGCAAGUCGGUUAGGAGAUCUACUUUGUGCAUGACACAAGUAAUUUUUCCAACAAUUGUUUACAGACAGAUUAUUUCACUUAUAAUUCACUGUAUCACAAUUCCAGUGGGUCAGCAGUUUACAUACACUAAGUCGACUGUGCUUUUAAACAGCUUGGAAAAUUCCAGAAAAUGAUGUCAUAGCUUUAUAAGCUUCUGAUAGGCUAAUUGACAUCAUUUGAGUCAAUUGGAGGUGUACCUGUGGAUGUAUUUCAAGGCCUACCUUCACACUCCGUGCCUCUUUGCUUGACAUCAUGGGAAAUAAAAAUAAAAUCAGCCAAGACCUCAGGAAAAAAAUUGUAGACCUCCACAAGUCUUGUUCAUCCUUGGGAGCAAUUUCCAAAUGCCUGAAGGUACCUCGUUCAUCUGUACAAACAAUAGUAUGCACGUAUAAACACGAUGGGACCACGCAGCCAUCAUACCGCUCAGGAAGGGGACUCGUUCUGUCUCCUAGAGCUGAAUGUACUUUGGUCCGAAAAGUGCAAAUCAAUCCCAGAACAACAGCAAAGGACCUUGUGAAGAUGCUGGAGGAAACAGGUAUAAAAGUAUCUAUAUCCACAGUAAAAACGAGUCCUAUAUCGACGUAACCUGAAAGGCCGCUCAGCAAGGAAGAAGCCACUGCUCCAAAACCGGCAUAAAAAAGCCAGACUACGGUUUGCAACUGCACAUGGGGACAAAGAUCGUACCUUUUGGAGAAAUGUCCUCUGGUCUGAUGACUUUUGGCCAUAAUGACCAUUGUUAUGUUUGGAGGAAAAAGGGGGGGCUUGCAAGCCGAAUAACACCAUCCCAACCGUGAAGCACGGGGUGGUAGCAUCAUGCUGCAGGAGGGACUGGUGCACUUCACAAAAUAGAUGGCAUCAUGAGGAAGGAAAAUUAUGUGGAUAUAUUGAAGCAACAUCUCAAGACAUCAGUCAGGAAGUUAAAGCUUGGUCGCAAAUGGAUCUUCCAAAUUGACAAUGACCCCAAGCAUACUUCCAAAGUUGUGGCAAAAUGGCUUAAGGACAACAAAGUCAAGGUAUUGGAGUGGCCAUCACAAAGCCCCGACCUCAAUCCUAUAGAAAAUGUGUGGGCAGAACUGAAAAAGCGUGUGCGAGCAAGGAGGCCUACAAACCUGACUCAGUUACACCAGCUCUGUCAGGAGGAAUGGGCCAAAAUUCACCCAACUUAUUGUGGAAAGCUUGUGAAAGGCUACCCGAACCGUUUGACCCAAGUAAAAAAAUGUAAAGGCAAUGCUACCAAAUACUAAUUGAGUGUAUGUAAACUUCUGAUCCACUGGGAAUGUGAUGAAAUAAAUAAAAGCUUAAAUAAAUCAUUCUCUCUACUAUUAUUCUGACAUUUCACAUUCUUAAAAUAAAGUGGUGAUCCUAACUGACCUAAGACAGGACAUUUUUACUAGGAUUAAAUGUCAGGAAUUGUGAAAAACUGAGUUUAAUUGUAUUUGGCUAAGGUGUAUGUAAACUUCCGACUUCAACUGUAGCCUAUAGGUGACCUUGAUCUCGCACGCCCAACUAGGAGAGGAGAGUUAUAGGCUACUGAACUUGACGCAGCGAAUUAUGACUGUGUGUGAAUAGUGCGACAAAGAGGUGCUUUUAAUACAAUAGAUUGGCUAACGCAUACAAAACAGAAUGACAACUGUUUCCAAGUAGCCUAAUCCCAAAGUUGUUUGUCUGACCGCCUGUUCCCACCCGCAGCAUGAAAAAUGCCAACCGCGCCUCAAUGAUCUCUGUUGGGGCCCACAAGUCUGCGGGAAUGCACAUUUUUCACUUUUACUGUAAAGAGUGUUGUGAUUUUAAAUGCACUUGAAAUAAAAUUUGAUUUGACUUAUGCCCAAACGGUGUGUGGUUUUGUGUUCUCCUCGUCAGUAUGGCUCGGCAGAGUACAUGGCCCCAGAGGUGGUGGUGUUCACAGACGAGGCUUCGUUCUACGACAAGCGCUGUGACCUUUGGAGCCUGGGGGUCAUCCUUUAUAUUCUGCUGAGCGGCAGCCCCCCCUUCACCGGCCACUGUGGGACCGACUGUGGCUGGGACCGAGGAGAGACCUGCCGCACCUGCCAGGUACACAAACAUAGUGUACAUGCACACACAUCCCCACACACACCAUCACCAGUCCUCAUAACCCCAGUUCACCUUACACAGCACUACUACAGCACUAUUUGUAUUAAGCAUUGUUGAGCAUUUAUAAUGACUGAGUCAUGUUAUUAUAGUAAAAAGUCAAAUUAUAAGUCUAUGUUGUGUCGGACCCCUGCAGAAUAACCUGUUUGAGAACAUCCAGGAUGGGUAGUUUGAGUUCCCAAAGAGGGACUGGGCCCAUAUCUCUGCCCAGGCCAAGGACCUCAUCUCCAGGCUACUGGUACGGGACGCCACACUGCGCCUCAGUGCUGCCCAGGUUCUGCAGCACCCCUGGGUGCAGGGGGUGAGUGCCAAGGCCAAAACUUAAUUGGUCCUCUGUAUGGGUGUAUGGCCAUAACAUACUGGAUCUAUUGUUCGGGUGGGUCUCAAUACUCUUAAUUGGCUUCCUUGCCUUGUCUCCUCUGUCAUCUAUUCUACACUAAUCUGAGAAGGCUGAAAGCCACCUAUAAGAAACCAGUGGGCUUCACCAGUCCAUUUCCUCCAAACUGUACAUCUGUGAUGAAGGAAAGGAUACGAUUAAAAUAAAUGGACACUGUUAUAUUUAAACGUGAUAUUUAUUUCCCCCAGAAUGCACCAGAGAGAGGUCUCCCAACUCCACAUUUCCUCCAAAGGUAAUCCACUCAGCUCUCAUUGGACAGAAUGUAUAGUACAUAACAGCUCAUUUCUCCUCAAAUAUGGCAGGCAGAUGGCUAACAAAAUCAUACAGAGAGGGCUUAAAGGGACAUUGCACUCCAAAUUCAAAGUUUGUCCUAAGUUUUCAGCCCAAGGUAGCGUAAUGUACUCGAUUUGACAGUUUGAUGUCAGAAAACAUCUAACAAAAUUAGAUUUUGGAGUGCAAUGUUUUAGAAUUGGGUGUAUGGCUCCUAGAGCUAAACGUGUGAUCUAUCAUCGCUAAUUUUAUCAAUCGCCGACUGAUCGUCUGCUCGUUCCUUCUACAGGAACAGCAGCACCAAAGACUUAACCCAGUUUGCGGCCGAUGCCAUCGCCUUCAACCGCCAGCUGUCGCAGCAUGACGAGGAGCAGGAGGAAGUCGUCACCACUCUCACACCUCUCCAAUUCCUGGCUGGCUCGCCGACGGGUGCAAUCCAACCUCGACACCUGACCAGAACCUGGUUUAACCCAAGGGAGACCCCGUUUGGUGCUGCUGCCAUAGAAAUAGAAUGAAUAGAUCAGCCUUGGAACCUCUAAUCCUGGCAAUUUGACUGGUAAUCUGAUGGGUACACUCGCAAGGCUGCCUGGUAUUGUGAUGCAAUAAUUUCCAUGGUAAUGUACAAUGUGUUUUUUUUGUCAAUUGAGUUGAAUCAACAAAUCACAGCACAUAUUGAUGGGUACACUUCUUGCUUUUACUUCCUGCAUUGCUCCUAUGGGUACACUCGCAUGGGUACACACCCAUUAUGCAAUCAUUGACUAGAAUGGGGACGCCGGUUCUAUUCAUUCUAUUUCUAUGGCUGCUACUGCAGGCUGGGAGGUGUUUUCUUCUUAGCUCCAUCCCACCUGGUUUAUCCUUCAAAUAUCGUGGUGUGGUUCUAAGACCCUUACAGGUCAGAUUCUCCCAUUUUCCCUAUCUGGUUCCCCUCAAUUCCCUCCAUCCUGGUGCUAGUCUCUCUUCCACGGCUCAUCCUCUAUACGUGGUGUUUACCAUGGGUCCCCUACAGGACGGAGUCAACGCACACUAUCUGAGAAUGGACGAUAG